UGCAACUUUAUGGCCGCUCUUUCGCUCAUGGAAGGCUUAAACCAACCCGACAUCGAGGACCUCGAGUCUCAGAAAUACGCCGAGCUCCUAGCAUUGGCCCGGGAGCUGGGGUACACCUACAAGGGCAAUCCGAAGAAGGCCAAAGUUGUCAAGUUCAUCCGACAGUCCGUUGCCUGUGGGCUGGCCAAGGGCAAAGAAAACAGUACUGUGACUUUUGCCCCAGACACAGCUGCUGCAGAGUCGAGUGUCGAAGCCGUUGUGCCGCCGAAGUAUGCUGCGGCUGCAAAAACUCCCAUGCCAAAGUUGGCAUCCAAAGUGAUGAAGACUCCAAACUUCACCAAGCUUCAUGCAGCAGAGUUUGCCAAAAUGAAGUCCGUGGUAGACUGCACUGCCCGCCGCAACAUCUUAUUGAGCACCAGUGCUGCUGGUCGUUCGCUUCAGACACCCAAAUCGGCAUCAUGCAUACCCCGCCUCGCCGUUAAGGCCAGUGCUGCUGGUGCGCUGCAGACACCCAAAGCUGCAUCGCGGAUUCCCAGGCUGACCGCGUGCAAAGCAAAAACUGUGCCGUUGAGGGAGCCGGUGCGUGCGCGGAUUGACCCAAGCCAGCGCACGGCUGCGCGGCAGAGCCAGGCACGCACUAUCCUAGGCAAAGUGCGAUCGAACAGGAGAUUUGACUUGCUCAUGGCAAAAAGGGGCCUUGUGUGCGACUGAGCCAUCUUUAAAUUUUGGAAAACCUUUCUUAAAAUGUUAGCUUUGUAGCUUGCCUUUUUAUUUUUUUAAUGUGCUUGACAAGCAGACUCAAGAAAUGCAUGCUGCUCUGCA